AUGACUGAGCUUCUGAAAGCAGACGGGGGCGAGUCGGCUCUCCCCUUCACUCUUGCAGAGUCUCAGACACCCGGCUCGAGCUCCCAGCUCAGUGAGAAGUAUGACAGCUCCUCGGAGGAAGAGCAAGAAGGGUUCAGGACUAUCACCGGGUUCAGGUGGAUUCUGGUCGUGACUGCUAUCUUAUCAAGUCAUAUGCUUUUUGCUCUAGACAAUACCAUUGUGGCUAACAUCCAACCGGCCAUUCUUUCGCAUUUCGAGGAGGCUGAUCAAAUUUCGUGGCUCUCCGUUGGAUUUACUCUCUGCUCAUCUGCUUUAUGUCUUCCUUGGUCUAAGGCCUACGGAAGCUACAAUGCAAAGUGGCUGUACAUUGGGUGUGUCGUUCUAUUCAUGGGAGGUUCCGCUCUCUGUGGAGCUGCCCCAAACAUGAAUGCUAUGAUUGUUGGUAGAGCCAUGGCCGGCGCCGGAGGAAGUGGUAUGUAUCUUGGUGUCUUAACGCAAUUAUCGGUCAAUACGACCGUGUCCGAGCGUCCGUUUUAUAUUGGAUUGACCGCGGUCUCAUGGGGUGUCGGAACGGUCACUGGGCCGGCCAUUGGUGGUGCAUUUGCCGAGAGCUCUGCCACAUGGCGUUGGGCAUUUUACAUCAAUAUUGUCAUUGGUGCAGUGUUCUCUCCAGUCUACGCCCUCCUACUGCCUUCAGUCGACCCUAUUCCAAAUGCCACAUCCAAGGAGAGAGCCAGGAAUAUUGACUGGGUCGGAAUCGUUCUCUUCAUCGGUGCCCUAGGAAGUUUGAUCAUGGGAAUUGACUUUGGAGGCGUAGAAUGGUCAUGGGUUAGUGGCAGAUCGAUUGCUCUCUUUGUAGUGUCCGGUGUGCUCUUCGUCUUUUUUGGGAUACAGCAGACCUUCUAUAUUUUCUGCAAUGAGCAGAAUAGACUCUUCCCUAUCCACUUUCUCAAGAGACGUUCUUUGCUGUUGCUAUUUAUUCUCAAUACGUGUGCCAGCAGUGGACUGUUUAUCUCGGUAUACUAUAUUCCCUUAUACUUCCAAUUUACUCGGGGUGAUACCGCCGUCCACGCAUCUUUGCGUAUUUUACCUUUCGUAUUAGUUCUGAUCUUCAUCAUCAUUGCCAAUGGCCACAUGAUGUCUAGAUUUGGUUACUAUUCACCGUGGUAUCUUCUCGGCUCAGCUUGUGAGCUUGUCGCUGCCGUCUUAAUGUAUCUCGUCAAGGCGGACACUUCCGCUAGUGCAAUCUACGGUUACACAUCCCUCAUGGCAUUAGGGGUUGGUACCUUCAACCAGGCAGGCUACAGUGUAGUGCAGGCCAAGGUGAAGAAGACCGAGAUACCUUGGGCUCUGGGUUUUAUGAUGGUUUCGCAAUUGGGAGGCAUUGUUCUGGCCUUGGGCAUGGCAGGUGCUAUAUUCGUUAACAAGGCAACGAAUGAGCUUCUGGCGUUGCUUCCGAAUGCCAAUUCAGCCGAUGUUAAGAAUGCUAUCGCGGGAACGACUAGUGGAUUCUUUAAGACCCUGACAAAGGCUCAGCAGACGGCAGCUCUUAAUAUUAUCGUACAGGCUAUCGACGAUGUCUAUAUCCUUCUAAUCGUUGCUGGCGCAGUUGCUAUUCUUCUCUCUAUCUUCUUGAAACGUGAAAAGUUGUUCAUAGAAGCAGCAGCCGGUGGUGCCUAG